UUGUCGGUUGUUAAGGAUCGAGAGACACAGUGCGGUGGACAGCGGAACAACGACACUGAUAGAAAUUUGCCCCCUUUUGCUACCCAUCUCUUAGCUAAAUUCCGUCGUGAUGCGGAUGCAAGUACUGAUAAAGCGGACCGCGGUUAG